CCGGAUGGCUCGUAACGCGCUGCAACACAGCGGAAGCCCGAGGACGGGGAACAUGAUUGUGAAGAGCAGUCCUAGAUGACAUUGGAUGAAGUUGUCGGAUGAAAGUACUCCCGACGCCGGAUCGCCGGCUCUCUCCGCAUCCUAACUUUUGCAGUCGUUCGACUUCCCAUUCGGCGAUUCCAUCCACCUCCGACUCUCCCUCAAUUGCUCCCCGUCCUUCUUUUCAAUAUGUCGAGGUCUACAAAAGAUUCGACUCGGUUUACGGCUACAGGAGUAUGGGCCCACACAAAGCCUGGCGGCCGAGCAACGACGCUCCAAUUCGCGGACCCGGCACCGAAGAAUGAAACGCCACAGCAGAAAGUCAAGCGAUUGAGGGAGGCAGCGAACCGAGCGAAGAUGGCGCAGGUCACGAAGUGGGAUUACAUGUAUUUGUACGGCAGAAUGGCCGCAGACGCGGCGCAUAGGUUUACGGUUUAUGGCAUCAUCUUCGCAACAGGCUGCAUUGGUGUCCUCGCCGUAUUCUCAAUAGGAGACAUGAUUGUCUACAACCGCCGUAAACGCGCAAUCUACUUCGAAGACCAGGAGCUAGAACAGGCCAAGAUUCUUGCGCUCGCCCGAAGCGCAGUCGCAUCAGGUAGCGCAACGGCAGCACAGACUGCACUCGUCGAAGGAAUCGCGGACGAAGAAGCUGCCAUGGAAAGGAAGAAGGCGGAGAGGAAGAUCCCGUCGAGGAUGCUCUGGUGGCUGCACGGCGAGUGGAAGGAAGAGAAGGAACUCAAGGAACAGAGGAGGCUUGCUGUGGAGGACUACAAGAAGAAAGAAGAAGAAGCUUCGAAAGCGGGCGUUAGCGUCACCCAAGCAGUGCAGGAGGCUCGGCUGAACGCAUCGUCACAACCACCAGCGGGCGGCCCGCUCGACCAACAAGCUUCAAAGGCAGCCGCGUUUACCGAGAAGGUGGCGCACAAAGGCUGGUUUGGGUGGCUAACAGGCGGGUCCAAGAAGGAGUAAGAUGUCAUCAGGAGCUGAAGGGACGCCCCGUGUCCAUGUAUCAUAUUCGCUCUCCCAGCCUGUACAACGCUGUGUAUUAUUGUACUGCAUCACGGAGUUGGGAGGCACAAUGUCCGGUGUAGAUGAUUCUGGCUUGGGUAUCUUCGACAUUCAUGUCCAUAAUUUCAUUCCCAUCCAAACCUACGCAAGAACUCCAGCUUAAAGUAUAUCGACA